AUGGCGCCGAGAGAUUCCAAGAAGCUGGAGGAGAUAAGUAACAGUCUAAACCAGCAGUAUGAGGAAAAGGUGCGUCCCUGCAUCGAUCUUGUGGAUUCACUCAGGUCUUUAGGAGUGGAGAAGGACCUGAGUUUACCGGCCAUCGCUGUUAUAGGUGAUCAAAGCUCAGGAAAAAGCUCAGUGCUGGAAGCACUUUCGGGCGUGGCAUUGCCCAGAGGCACAGGUAUUGUGACUCGCUGUCCUUUGGUGCUGAAACUAAAGAGAGUUGAAACAGGAGUGGCAUGGUCUGGACACAUUUCUUACCAGAAAAAAGAAAGGGUUCUUAGUAAGCCAGAAGAUGUGGGAACUGCUGUUUCAGAUGCUCAGAAUGCCUUGGCUGGAAAUGGAAAGGGAAUCAGUCAUGAUAUGAUCACUCUGGAGAUCAAAUCCAGCAAAGUUCCGGAUCUCACUCUUAUUGAUCUGCCGGGCAUUGCCAGAGUAGCUACAGGUGACCAACCAGUGGACAUUGAGAAACAGAUCAAAGAUCUCAUUGAGAAAUUCAUUAGGAGACAAGAAACCAUUAGCUUGGUGGUUGUGCCAGCGAACAUUGACAUUGCCACUACUGAGGCACUGAAGAUGGCAAGCAAAGUGGAUCCCCAUGGUCUCAGGACACUCGGUAUUCUAACCAAGCCUGAUUUGGUGGACAAAGGUGCGGAGGAUACAGUGGUGAGUACGGUCAAUAAUCAGGUGAUCACACUGAAGAAGGGCUACAUGAUGGUGAAGUGUCGUGGACAGCAAGACAUCAAUGCCAAUCUGAGUUUAGCUGAAGCCCUUCAGAAAGAGAGAGACUUCUUUGAGCAGCAUCCCCAUUUCAGGCCUCUUCUGGAAGAAGGAAGAGCCACUGUGCCCCUACUGGCAGAGAAAUUAACAAAGGAACUGGUGGAACACAUUGGCAGGUCACUCCCACAUCUCAAACAACAAAUUGAUCUAAAACUGGAGGUGACAGAAAAGAAGCUGAAACAGCUUGGUGACGGAGUUCCUCAAGACGAAAAUGAGAAGAAGAGCUUCCUCAUUCAGAAAAUCAACGGUUUUAACCAGAUCCUUACAGAUGUGAUGAGGGCUGAGGAAGACACAAGCUCAGGCACCAGAGUUUUCACGAAAAUCAGGGCUGAGUUCACAAAAUGGAAAUCUCAACUGGAUAAAAAGACUACCACAUUUGAGGAAAACCUCAGGGAUGAGGUAGAAGAGUACUCAAGGGUCCGGAGGGGAAAGGAGCUUCCUGGAUUUGUCAACUACAGGACGUUUGAGAACAUUGUCAGGAAUCACAUAAAGGAGCUGGAAGAACCUGCCUUACAGUUACUGACGGAUGUUACAGAGAUCGUCCACUCAUGCCUGAACGAAAUUGCGAAUACUCAUUUUGAGGCAUAUUCCAACCUGCUGAGGGCGGCUAAAGAGCCUAUUGAGGAUCUGCAUGAGGAGGAAUAUGAAAAAGCCAAGGAGAAGAUAAAGUCUCAGUUUAGGAUGGAAAGGCUAGUCUACUCCCAAGAUGGCCUCUACAGCUGGAAACUAGAAUCGGUCAAAAACAAACCAGAGCCAAAGAGAAAUGGCUUCGCCUAUGCCAUGAGUGCGGACGUUCGGCAGAUGGCUCAGCACCUAAGUGCCUACUUCAUGAUCACCUCUGACCGUCUGGCUAACCAGAUGCCUCUGAUAGUCCAGUAUCAUGUGCUGCACGAGUACAUUUCUCACCUCCAGACGGCCAUGUUAGCCAUGAUUGGAGAAAAGAAUGCAGUGAAACUCAUUGAAGAGGAUUCUGGCGUCGCCCGUCGCAGGAAGGCCGCAUGCGAACGCAUGGAUCGUCUCAGAAAAGCACGGCAGGUCCUGUCCAAGUUUGUAAUCUCUGGGCCCUGUCUGGCACCUUGCGCAAAGCCUUUCACGAUGGACAUCACAAUGAUCGAUGAGCUACCGUCACCCAUCCCCCCGCAACCCCCCACAAUUUCGACGUCUUUUCUAGGUCAUUUUUGCACGUCCAGUAUUGACGUCCCCCAGACCUCCAGAUAAGGGCUAAUUCUAGUUUAAAUUAAGUCGUUGUGGACGUCUUUUCUAUGUGAAAUUUACAUGUAUACGUUUUUAUAGACCAACUACUUUGAGGCUCCCUGCAUAACUGUAGUGCCAUUUCAGACGGUGGCAACUGUUCCAUUGUUCCAGCUUCAGCAGAUAACUGGAAACGCAUACAAAGCUAAGCCAAAUAAUUAGGUUCACAACCUUCUGGAACUAGUUAUGCACGUUAGUUAUACACAAUAUGCUUUACAAAUAAAUUGCAUUUCAACCCUCUCACUUUUUCCAAAACAUGUCAACCUGCAAAGAACCAGUAAAAGCAAGGAAUA